UUGUGGUCCAAUCACGUUCCACGUGUCGUAUUUGCCUGUUGUCUACUUUCCCACUUCUGCCACCUGUGUAACUGUACGAGUUUAGCAGAUGUGACAGAAGCCGCUCGAGCCGUCGUACAUAUCUCUCCAUUAAGCUUAGUUGUGAGUGUUUCGGCACUUUUCCGGACCCGAACUGCGAGUUCACGCCAUGUCUGGACACGGUCACGGCCACGGCGGCGGACACAGUCACGGUUGCUGUGAAUGCGACCACGAGCCAGCAGAGCGAGGGGUGGAAUAUGAGCUGUACAGACGCAUUGAUAUCGAGAAGCUUCAGUGUUUGAAUGAGAGCCGAGACGGAGACGGUAAACUGGUGUUCAAGCCUUGGGAUCAACGCACUGACCGGACGAAGUUUGUUGAAAGCGAUGCUGACGAGGAGCUGCUGUUCAAUAUACCGUUUACAGGUAGCGUGAAGCUGAAAGGGAUCAUUAUUUCUGGAGAAGAUGAUGAGUCACACCCAGCUGAAAUGAGACUGUACAAGAACAUCCCCCAAAUGUCAUUUGAUGAUACAAGCAGAGAGCCAGAGCAAGCGUUUCGUCUAAACAGGGAUCCGCUUGCUGAGCUUGAGUAUCCUACCAAGAUUGCAAGAUUCUCCAAUGUGCAGCAUUUAUCAAUCCACAUACCUCGAAACUUUGGGGCAGAAUCCACUCGUGUGUAUUACAUUGGUCUGCGGGGAGAGUACACAGAGGCUCAUAGGCAUGAGAUCACAAUCUGCAACUAUGAAGCAGCAGCCAACCCAGCAGAUCACAAAGUGGAGACCAUUACACCCCAGACACAGUUCAUAUCAUGACAAAUGGAGGAGAGAGAAUCUCACGUGUGCUGUGUGAAACUAUAAAAGUGUGCAAGAGUUUUGAUAAUGGUGAGAUGAUGAACUGAGAGAGCCGAUGUGUUCAACAGGGUUUUCUUCACAAGGGUUUGUUCAUCUGCAAUUCUGCUAACGUGCCAAUAAACCUUAGGCUAUAUAAGCAUAAUUACUUCAUGUAUGCUUAUGUCAAAUAAAGAGUGUAUCCUUCAACUAACAGAACA